AUGCUCAGCAAGUCGAGCAAAUCUUCCACCACGCAAUCCUUGCAACAGUCAGGGAACCCCAAGUCAACUGUUGCCCCUACGCCAAAGGGGGAUAACAAACAAAAGGCUUUAGCAGUAAAGAAGUCCCAGGAGGAGGCGUUGGCUAGACUCCCCUUAAAUAUGCUUUACAUUGCUCUUUACAUUCGCUCGGACCCUCCCAAUGCAAAUGAUUUCCAUUGGGGUUAUUAUCUCCACAGGCAGCCUACAGGAGGAACCAAAUACCAUAUCAAGAACCUAGGUGCUGGGUGGAUAACCGAUCACGGCCCGACAGGCGGCGUUUUCAAGUCGAACUUCCUCUGCGUCCUCGUUCAGAUCGCAAACGUCCCGCAAGCGAGACACGUCCAGCUUGAUCAAAUCAUGAGAAUGCAUGACAACCAAGUCAAUUCGAUUCCCAACGUCACCUGCCGCGUGUGGGUUCUGACUAUCUUGCAAGAGCUGAUUCUGACUAUCUUGCAAGAGCUGAUUCAGCAUGGAAUAGUCCGCUGUAGCAACAUUCUCGCGCUGCAACAAGAAUGUUUAGAAAUUGGGAACCAGCAUCGCGCCGCGGCUGCGCAGAAUAACCAGCCCCGGCCUGUCGUCUGUUCAAGCGUGUGCCUUUUUUAA